ACUUCCACAACAAUUAUUUGGCGCCAUUUUUUCUGAAAGUCGAUUAGGAGUUUGCUGCCUUGCGGGACAGGUUUUUCGUUUGAUUUGAAAGAUAAAAGUAUAGAAUCGUUGCAGUUUUAUUGAUGGUCAUGCAUUUAUAGCUAGAGGAUUUUGGACAACUAGAGCUAAAGAGAAGCGAGAAAGCUGAAAUAAAUAUAUCCGUUACCUUGAGUGCUCACAUCUAAAGCAACAGGCCUAGCCAUGGCAAAAGUGCGAAUUAUAGACGUGACUGUCCUGGAUAACCCGUCAAAAUUUUUUAAUCCAUUUCAGUUUCAAAUUACCUUCGAAUGCACAGAUGACUUACCAGAAGAUCUAGAGUGGAAAGUCAUAUAUGUUGGUUCUGCAGAGAAUGCUGAGCUUGAUCAAGUCCUUGAUACUGUUUUAGUUGGUCCUGUCCCUGCCGGUAGACACAUGUUCGUGUUCCAGGCAGAUUGUCCUGAUGAAAAACAAUUACCACCACAAGAUGCUGUUGGGGUAACUGUGGUACUACUCACGUGUUCAUACAAAAAAUUAGAAUUUGUCAGAGUUGGUUAUUAUGUAAGCAAUGAAUACAUUGAUCCAGAGUUGCGUGAAAAUCCUCCAGUGACUCCAAUUUAUGAACAGCUUCAAAGAAACAUUUUAGCAAGUGAACCUCGCAUUACAAAAUUCAAAAUUGGCUGGGAUUGAAGAUGCUUGCUGGUGUCUGGUGCUUAUUUGGAACAGUGUAAAUAUGUCUCAUUUGUAAGUUAAAUAUCGUUCUUAAAAGAAGAAAUGGACAAUAAAAAGAGUUUUCUGCAGCUUUUUAAAACAAGCAAGUAAUGUGGAUGCAAAGAAAAUGACAAAGCAACACCAAUUACUGACUUAUCACCUUCUUGAAUAUGAAUCACCUUCUUAUGCAAUUGUUAGUGGUUGAUGAUUUCUUUUUUCUAUUCUUGUAAAGACACUUUGAUAACAAAUUACAUCAAGGUUUGUGAUGAUAAGUAAAAAAACCAGCAAAACCAAUGUUUGUUAUGCUGAAAGGCUAUCUUAAGGAAAAAGCAAAAUAACUAGGUGGAAUCUGUAUUUUACCAAAAUUCACAUUGUCAUAUCUCCAUUUUCUAAUUGUUGAUGUGAUCAUUAUUUAUUUAAAGAUACACAGUUUCAUAUAAUGGUGAGCAUGCAAACUAGGGCUGUUGGUUAGCUUUUAUUUCUUGUUGGAUGCUUCUAUUAUCAAAAUAAGAACAUUGCUUAUGAAUUUGAAUGAUAGAACUACAAGGCA